AUGGCAACAUCCCUCCCGGCUUUACCGGAGGUUGAACGGCUUAGCUCGCGGGUGAUCCGCAUCCUUGGUGGGAACCCGGGCAAGUUUACACUUCAAGGCACAAACACGUACAUUGUCGGCCAGGGUCCGCGGCGCAUGCUCAUCGACACCGGCGAGGGCAAGCCAUCUUGGGCCGAGUCUCUGAAGAGAGUACUCAAGGAGGAGAACGCGACGCUUGGGUGCGCCAUCCUCACGCAUUGGCAUCACGACCAUGUCAGCGGGGUCCCGGAUCUCUUUGCCUUCUCUCCCACUACAAAGGUCUACAAGAACCAAACCCGGCCUUCGGAUUCAGAGGGACAACUUGACAUUUCCGACGGUCAAAAAUUCGAGGUCGACGGUGCGACCCUGCGCGCCUUCCACUGCCCGGGACAUACAGUCGACCACAUGGCUCUAAUACUGGAGGAAGAGGACGCUAUGUUCACAGGGGACAACGUCUUGGGAGUCGGGACAGCAGUCUUUGAGGAUCUAGCGACGUACAUGGACAGCUUAAAACGCAUGGCGACGCAGUUUAGCGGACGCGCAUACCCAGGACAUGGGCCCGUAAUCGAAGAUGGAAAAGCCAAAGUGCUGGAAUACAUCAAGCAUAGAAAAGAGCGGGAGGACCAGAUCCUAGAGGUUUUGGCUAGGAGCAACCCGGACGGCACGCAGGGCUGGACAAGCAUGCAGAUUGUCAAGGUUGUCUAUAAGGACGUGCCGGAGAACCUACAUCAACCCGCCGAAAGAGGCGUGCUGCAGGUGCUCAAGAAGCUAGAGAAAGAAGGAAGGGUUAUCCAUGUCGCUGAUUCAGACAGAUGGGUAUUGAACGGUAAGGCUACUCUCUGAGAUCAAUGCUAGGUUUCC